AUGUCAACAUUGGAUGAUCUCUAUGGUUUCUACUGCCGCAGGAGAGGAUGUAAACCUAACACCUCCUUCUCUCGUUUUCUGCAAGAAGAAUACGAGCGACAAGGGCAACAACGGGUGCUAGAGUCCAUAGAUCUCUCUAAAAACUAUGUAGGAAAGAAAGGCAUCAUUCCUGUUCUGGAUCUCGUUAAGAAUAUAAAAACUGUAAAAAAGAUAGAUGUUAGUAAUAAUAUGUUAGAACAUGAACAACUAGAUCACCUUGUUUAUUGCCUCGUCAUGCAUCCAUCAAUAGAAGAAGUGGACAUCUCUAACAAUUCCCUUCAUGAAGGUAGUGUCGGUCAUAUUCUGAAAUUACUUGAGACAAAUCAGAAUAUCACUAGUUUUCAUGUUACUGGAAAUGAUUUUACACCUUCUUCAAUUACUUUGAUAAAUGAACAGUUGGAGAAAAAUGAAUCUCAAAAGGCGAAUCAGGAGAAUGAAUUACCUAGCCCUGUGAAAAGAAAGUAUUUUCACGCAGAAUUACAAGGAUCUCUAGAAGUAGAUACCUCUGGUGGACACAUGCAUUUCUCUACUUGGUGGAAAAAUCCCCAAUAUAUUAUGCGCACUUCACGAAAAUCUCAGGUUCGUGUUAUUAUGGAUGUCUCUGAUGCCAAAGUCUCUCGUCAAGCCGGUUUUUUUAUCUUUCGAUCAGAUGGAACACGUAAAGUUAUUGAAGUUGAUACAGACACUAUCAUUGCAGAGAGUACGGUUGACAGUAAUCAUUGUCAUGCUACUUUUUGGGUGGAAGAGCAGGUUGCCUAUGCUAUUAUGCCGUAUACGUUUUACCCUGAACGUACUCUGUCGUUCACAUUAACAGCUGAACUGUGUGAGGAUAAAUCAAUGGAAACGGAGGGAUGGGUAACUUUAGAUCCCGUAGAUCCCGCACUUGACUGGAUUGUAAAUAUUAGUGAUGGCGAGUGGACGGAUGUUUCCUCUGGUGGUCCACCAGAGCAAUAUUACACAUGGUACCGAAAUCCCAUGUUUCGCUUACAGUACGCAGGAUCUAAUCAAGCAUACCGAAUGGUAUCGCCUGCUACUAUUCUUGUAAAACUCACCAAAAGUGUUGACCCUGAUAAAAAUGAUGAUAAAUACAUUGGAUUUGAUGUGGUAACGACGGAUCCUACAGGAAAAGGUACUCCACCUAUUUACUGCAAAGAUGAAUUUAUUAAAUGUACUUGUCCUCAUGAACAUUGUACAACCGUCAGUGCGUCUUUUAUUGUCCCAUGUGCUGCACUUGAUUUGUUUCUCGUUCCAAGUACUAAAAAAAGUGGUGAAUUAGGUUCUUUUACAGUAACUGUUUUUUCCUCCGUUCCUCUUGCAGUGACCCCAUCCGUAUUUCCUCAUGGUUGGAAUUACCGAGCUGUUAAUGGCGUAUGGGAUGAAAAUAAUUGUGGAGGAAGUCGAGAAUACAGUAUGUCUUGGAAGUGUAAUCCUUCCGUCGCACUUCUCUUCGAUGGUGAUAAGACUUCACCGGAUUUAACUCUUUUCUUGGAAGUCAUUCCCUCCUCAAGUGAUGAAGAAACGAUUCAAAACGAUAAGGUUGGCUCAGUUAUUACAGAAUCAGAAUUAACCUCAGAGGAGAUACAGAAUCAGAUAGAAUUAAAGGAGUUUAUGCAACGACACCAAUCUGAUCAUAUUGAAGGUUCUAUCUCUAUUGUGGAAGCCAGUUCACCUUUAUAUCGUGCGUUGUACUCUUCUGACUACAAAUCCGGACCAGUAGCACACCUUGCGGUAUCUAAUGUUAGCGGAAACUUCCUUGUACUUCUUACAACACGAUAUGCUGGUCAAUUGGGAAAAUUUAAGCUUCACAUUUUUUCAUCUCAAUCAUUUGUUGUGGAUGGUAUUGAGACUUUGGCGUCUAGGGAACGUCAAUCGCAACUACUUCAGUACUCGGAAGAGACUCAAGCUCGUCGUAAAUUAAACUCGACUGAAUUAGGAAAUCACUUAAAAAUUGAAGAUUCUGAAGAUGUUAUGAUGGAACGUAAUCAAAUUCUCCGUAAAUGUUUGACUACUGGAGAAAAAUAUAUAGAUCGGGAUUUUCCUCGUGGUGGAUCAUCAUUAUGGUUAGAUCCAGAGUCAAAGCCUCCAUCAGGUUUUCCUAAAGAUAUUCAAUGGAAACGUCCAACUGAUGUAAUGGAGAAAGUUGUGUUUCUUCCAGAUUUUAAAACGGACUGCCCAUUUCCAUACUCCAAACGUGAAUGGUUUGCAUCCGUUGCUUAUGCUAUAUCUACAAAACCACGUUUUCUUCGUAUGAUAACGAUUGGAUAUGAGAUGAUUGAUGGUUUUGCUCAGUUUCGUUUUUUUAAGGAUGGUAAAUGGAUUGUAGUAACUAUUGAUGAUUAUCUCCCCUUUGACAAUACAACAGAGCUUUGUAUGGGUCAUCCCGAAAGUGAUAAGGCAGAUUUCUUUUUUCCACUUUUGGAAAAGGCAUACGCUAAAGCACAUCGUUGUUAUGAGGCGUUAGAACGAAAAGUAACACCAGAGCUUAGUACAGUAGAGGUUAUGUGUCAAGGAAUUAUGGAUCUUUCUGGUUGUAUUACCGUUAAUUAUAUGCUUAGUCCUAGCAAUCAACUUCACCACAAGGAACAAGAACGUUUAUGGAUGAAAGUAAAAACUGCUGUUAAACCUGAUGUUCUUAUUACUUUGUUACUUCGAAGUGAUAGUAAUGGUGCAUCUGAGCGAUGUAGUUUGGGAAUUCUAAGUGAUCAUCUCUAUCCUAUAUUAGAUGCCCGUUUUGUUGAAGGACAACGAUUGGUAAAAUUAUGUCAUUGGAGACAAUCAGGAGAAAUUAAUUGGUCUGGAAAGUGGCGCGCAAAUAGUCCAAAAUGGACCGAUACUCUUCGUGAAAUACUUGAGUUUAAAGAAGAUGAUAAAGAAACGUUUUGGUUAUCAUUUGAUGAAGUACUUUUCUAUUUUACAGAUAUUAUCAUGACUGCAGGAACUGAGAAUAAUUCUUGGGUUUUAUCAGAUUUUUCAGAUUGUCCAAAAGGAUGUGAAAGUCGACUUGUAGGUGGAUCUCAAUUUACUCUAGAACUUGGUGAAUUUCCUCCAGAUAUGAAAAGUACUCAAAUCCUUAUUGGUCUUCAUCAACUUGAUCCACGUGCUAAGAUAUUAAGAGAUAAGAAUGCUUUGGCAACCUACCGUACAGCUAUCGGUUUGGCAGUUAUAGCAACAAAGGAUAAUACAAUUAUUCUCAAAAAAGUAAAAGAGAAUGAAGUAAUAAAACGUGUAGAACCUUGUAAAUGUAGAGAUACACUUUGUCCCUUAACUGUAGAUCUUGAAAAUGUAAGUGGAAAGAAACGUAUCACUCUUAUUGCUUUUAAGGAAGAUCCAAAGGCUCCAAAUGCUACCUUUCUUCUUUCUGCAUGGUCUGAACAUUGUACUGUUAAAAUAAUUCCGGUGGAACCUGAUAAACGAACUUCAGUUUCUGGUGAAUGGCCAAGUGAAUACCCGGUAGGUAAUCCUUCUUCACUUUUUUGGCGAGAUUGUCCACAGUAUUUUAUUUUUCCAAGUGAAACUACUGAGGUUACUCUCUCGCUUCAUCAAGAAGUCCCAGUUAAUGAAUUACCUAAAUCCAUUGGUUUUACUGUUCAUCGUGCGACAACGUGUCGUAGUUUCUUGGAAUAUGAUCCGGAUUCUGUUGUUCUACUUGUACACGCAGAAGUUUUACCUUCCAUCACUGGUUCCGUACGACUUCUUGGUAUGAAGGAGAGAAGAGGAAUGCCUUAUAUUAUUGUACCUUUCUCUUCAGAUGCCACACCUGGAGGUAAAUUUCGAAUUGAAGCUAUUGCUAACCGUUCACUAAAGCUUUGUAGCAUAGAUCCUAAACUUGAUUGGCAUCGAGAAAAGAGGAGUGUUUCUUUUUCAUUAUUGGAUGGUAGUGUUGGUGGAUCACCACGUUUCUCAUCUUGGCGAAGUAGUCCACAGUUCGCUCUUACUUUUCCUUUUGGAUGUCAUGGACGACUAUUUAUUUCUUUAACUAAUGAUGAUGUAAAUGAUACAUUUACGGAGAUUGGAAUGAUGGUACUGCGAGGAGAUAAUCAAUGGGAAAAAGGUCAAAGAAGAAAGUUGGUUAUUGCCCCUGAAGAUAUGAUUGGUCGUUCUGAUGAGAAGAUUGGUGGGGUUACACUAGAUUGUGAAGUCGAUGUUGAGCCUGAAUGUACACUUAUUCUUGUUGUGUAUGCCAGUAUGCCUUACCGAGAGGCUUCUGUAACGAUUGGUGUUUACUCAGCCUCUCCAAUGGAGAUGAAUCCCGUGAAGGAAUGGAAGCAAGUCGCCAUGGUGGAGGGCAGUUGGGAACUUGGAUACACUGCUGGUGGGGGAGCAGAUGGAUAUAGCAAUUGGGUUAAUAAUCCUUUUGUAGCUUUAAAUACAUUUCGUCGCACACAGAUUGUGGCUCUCCUACUGCAGUAUCCUCGUGGUCCGGAUAAACCUAUUGUUAAAAGGGCAGGAAAGAAGAAGGCAUUUUUGCCACCCAUUAUAAUUAAUCCACACAAUCGAAUGGAGGUUGCUCUCGAUUUGAAUGUUCAAGAUAAUGAGAUGACUCCCAUAGCCACUACUCCAUACACUAAGAAUAGCGAAGUUACUCUUGUGGCCACUGUACCUAUAGCAGAUUCGCUUCCUUUUGUAUUCGUUCCACACACAAAAGUUCCAGAAGAAAACGGUGACUUCAAACUCUUUGUGUACGCAGAUUCUGUGAUUGAGUUGUAUCCACUAUCAAAGGAACGUAUACCUUAUGUGUAG